UAUUAUUUCGGCGCGCUACUCAUUUCGUGUGCUACGUUGCUAGUUAUAGUAAAGCGACGGCAGUCUGUCUACGGAAUGUUUUCUUGCCUACAGCUAAUCAAUGCCGUUUAUCAGGACUUCCAAUCCGCACAUACUUUAUUAUCAUACUUAGUCUCGGAAAUUAAACAACUAGCAAAAAUUGAAGCUAAAGCAGUACGCGCUGUUCGUAUCGCUUUCGUCAUCCUAGCUUGUUUAUUGUACUUGUUGAUAGAGUGCAAUAUUAGUAAUAGCUUAACGUUGACAGCAUUUACGCAUUUGUUGAUAUUCGACUUAUUAUCGGUUAUUGUCGCACUAAUAAGCUUUUGGGCUAACAGAAAAAAAGCCUCCAUUGAAUCUUAUAGCUUGGGGUAUGAAAGAUUUGAAGUAGUUGCUGUUUUUGCUUCCACUAUCUUGGCUAUUCUCUUAUCGUUUUUCGAAAUAAAAGAGGCUGUCGAACGGAUAUUUGAACCUGCAGAGAUCUCUUCUAAUCAUAUGCUUACGCCUUGUUUAAUAGCAUUUGGUGUUCAUCUUCUUUCCGUUUAUGGAAUUGAUAAUAUGGCUUUUACACAUGUCAUCCAAGCUUGUGGAUCAAGUUGGCUACAAGAGCAUACGACUGAUAUAAGCCGGACAAUCUGUCGAAUUAUUCCCGGGUUAUCACGUGUUCUUUUGCCACGAGUUAACCCAAUAUCACUGAUUGGUGUAAGUACAACUACAACUGUCUGUAUUGUUUACCUCAUAUUAAUCAAUAUGUCAAAAAAGUCACAACAUAUCAACUUUCCAGACCCUUUGCCUGAUACUUUGGGCGGAAUAAUAAUUUCCCUUAUGCUAUUUGGAACAAUGAUGCCUAUGAUGUUGUACAGUGGCCGGAUACUACUUCAAACAACACCCGCUCACUUGGUUAGCCCCUUAGAUAAAGCGCUUCGAGAAGCCUCUACAGUUGAUGGUGUUCUUGAGCUGCAAAAUGAGCACAUAUGGUCGAUUGGAUACAAGGACCUUGCAGGAAGUUUGUAUGUUCGUGUUCGCCGGGAUGCUAAUGAGCAGUUGGUUCUGGCACACGUAACCAACCGUCUUUCCAGUUUGGUGAAAUAUUUAACAAUACAGGUUUAUAAAGAUGACUGGACACGAGCAACAAACUCGUUUAUCAUGAAUUGGUCACCCGCGAACAACGCACUGUACAAUCAGAACAUUCCUGGUACACAAGUUAGACCUGAUCUAAAGCAUAAUCUCCCAUCAUCUUUACCUGCAUCAACCUCACAUCACAAAACGGAGGCAGACAGUUAUCAGGAACUUCAAGUUAAUCCUGAUCAUUAUAUCUAUGCGUAAACGUUUAUCUCUUAACAGUUAGUUGAUUGGAGCAAAUGAUCUCUUUUACACAAAUUAACAUGGUUGAGUAUUUCACUUUUAUUGUUGUAUUAACAUCUUGAAAAAUAUUUUUGAAAAAUUAUAAAAAGAGCAGCGUAUUUCAAAGUUAUUAUCUGGUAACUUGGAUUAGUUUUAAUUUCGUUUGAUCAAACUUCCAACAGGAGGAACAGAUAACUUAACAGAUUCUGAGGAUGUAUCAUGGGGUUGAACGUUGGUAGGAAUACCUGUAUCCCAUUUACUUGGUUUUUUUGGUUCUGUAAAAUAAAAGUAUGAUAAUUUGAAUCAAGAAUACAAAGUUACAU